GAUCGAUUGUGUAUUUUCUAAAAAAACGUUUUGCCAAUCUCUUUUGUCAUUAUUGAAAUUAAUUAUCAUUUACUGGUUAAUAAAAUAGCUUGAGAAAAAAUGCCAUCAAAUCAUCGGAAUCCUUAUCCAGUGCCCAACAUCUCCAGCGAAGGUUACUGGUAUCCAAAUGGUCCAGUUUUAGGAAAAAAUAUCUCACCUUAUGACAGAUCUUGGCAAACUAAAGCUAAUGUUCCUGAACGUCUGUUUUCCCACCAUACUCUUAAUAGCAUUCGUCGUGAUUGUCGACUCAUCAGACAAAAGGAACCAAGGGAUGCACUUGAUUUCGCACUUUCAUCUAUCUACGUUCAUAGCGAUGACUUCAUGGUUCCCAAAAUGUAUGUCUUCAUGCAGCCAGAGUCUUUGAAUCUACAAACUUGGAGACAACUUCGAAAUGAAUUGAAACCUCCAAUGAGUUCAAUGACAACAGAACAAAAAGCUCGACAAAAAAAUUUUUCCGAGAGAGUAUUUUCUAGCAAAAACUACCAUUCAACAUCACCAAGUAAGAACAACUACACAACGACAGAACCAUCAAAAGAGUACUCUCACAAACGAGAUGAUAUUCUGGAUAAAAACCAGAGGCGUGUGACUUAUGCUUCACAAAUGCGCGCAAUUGAGAGGAUUCAUCCCAGCAGUCUCAAGCUGGCUAUCGAAGGUCCUCAUGCGGAUCAAACAAAUCCUGGCUACAGUCGUAAAACUGAUGGAACAUUUUAUAGCAUUUAA